GGCAACGCGGCGCGUGAUGGCAGAGGGGCAAUCCGUAGAAGAGUUCCCUGCUGGCCAGCAUGCCCAGAUUUGUGGCUUGUCGUCCAAACCCGAGCUCAACGAGCAGUACUGCGUCUCGAAGGGCGUCAACCCUGACAACCCUGAGCGGCUGUUAGUCGUGAACAGCGUGGGCGCACAGCUGUCCCUGAAGCCAACCAACCUGCGGGCCACGGAGCUUUUGCCCGGGUCUCAGGUGGUGGUGGUGGGCCUCACCAGCUCCGCCGGCUCCAAGCUCAACGGGAAGACGGGGGAGGUGUUGAGCUGGCACGGGGACCGCUGGAUCGUAGACAUGAACGACACGGAGCCCAAAGAGCGGAAGUCGUUCAGACCGGAUAAUUUGGUCAUCGUUCCAGAGCGGGUGACCAGAAAAAGAAAGGCGGAGGAGCCGCCGCCUGAGGAGAAGAAGAUGAAGAUGUCCGACCUCCGAGACCUCGAGUCCUCGGACGAGACGGUGGUCGCGAGAUGCCUGCUGCGUUUGCUGCGAGAGUUUGAGAUCGUUGCUCAGAAGGGCGUGUGCGUUCUGGCCACUAAGACCAGCAUGACCGUCUUGAAUGAGCUGGGAGCACAUCUCACUGACAAGCAGGGUGACGGCUUGCUGCGACGAGUUCUCAAGCCUGGCGAGAAGGUAAAAGGCAUUGAGGAGCUGGAUGCGCAGGAGCAAGCGGUCAUGCUUUGUGAGAAGAAGGUCAGAUCACUGGCCAACUCUGUUCGCAUUAAUUACUGUGACCUCUAUGGCUUUCUGAAAUAUGGCUUCAAGGAGCCCAAAUUCAAUCGCAAGAAGCCGCUGGCGUGAGGGCAUGUCGGUUUUUCUGUGACCGGGGGCCAAGGGAGGGCAUCGCCCAAGCCAUUUCUUUCUUGGGCGGUAUUACACCCCCGAGAAAACUUUGGGCUCGGGCGCUUUGGCCUCGGCUGAUGGGCACAGGAAGAAAAAGGCGCGCAGCUGGUUCCCCUUGAAGAUGAUAAACUUGAAACUUGCUUGUCAGAUGAGAAUACCGCAUACACAAAGACAUGCCCAGUUCAAUU